GCAGAAAAUGCUUUGAGGGGGAACUGGACCUCACCUGGAAAAAGUCUUCCUUCUCCCUAAGGUCACCUCUGCAGUGGUGAACUCUGCAAGUGAUGGGCUCGGAGAACAGUGCUUUGAAGAGCUACACACUGGAAGAGUCUCCGUUCACACUGCCCACAGGACACACCAUUUAUCCAGCUGUGCUCCAGGAUGGCAAACUCGCUUCCGUGUUUGUGUACAAGAGGGAGAACGAGGAUAAGGUUAAUAAAGCUGCCAAGCACCUGAAAACCUUGCGCCACCCUUGCCUUCUGCGCUUCCUCUCUUGUACUGUGGAAGCAAAUGGGAUCCACCUGGUUACAGAGCGGGUGAAGCCUUUGGAGAUGGUCCUGGAGACACUCUCUUCUGCAGAAAUCUGCGCAGGGAUCUACGAUGUGUUGCUGGCACUCAUCUUCCUCCAUGACAGGGGAAACCUAACACAUAACAAUGUCUGUUUAUCAUCCGUGUUUGUAAGCGAGGAUGGGCACUGGAAGCUGGGAGGAAUGGAAACAGUCUGUAAAUUCAGUGAAGCCACCCCAGAGUUCCUCUCUCAUGUCAAGUCAGUACGAGACCAGUCGUGCAUCCCUUGCGAGGAGAUGUCUGCAGAUUUCAAGAUUCUGCCCAGCAGCCACGGGCAUGCAAGGGAUGCCUAUGCCUUUGGGACAACAGUUGAAAACCUGCUGACAGUGCUCAACGAUGAGGUUUCAGCAGAUAUUCUCUCCAGCUUUCAGCAAACCUUGCACUGCACACUGCUGAAUCCAGACCCAAAGUGUCGUCCACCACUGUCCAGCUUAUUGUCUCAUGAGUUCUUCAGGAAUGAUUUUCUGGAAGUUGUGAAUUUUCUGAAGUCCUUAACACUGAAGUCUGAGGAGGAAAAGACUGAAUUUUUCAAGGCUGCCUUGAUACUAAUUGCUGUCUCUUGGAAUGCAGAUUGCUUGCCAGAGGAGCUGAUAGCAUCACGGCUGGUGCCUCUUCUACUCAAUCAGCUUGUGUUUGCAGAACCUGUAGCUGUCAAGAGUUUUCUUCCUCAUCUGCUGGGCCCAAAGAAAGAGCAAACUGGAGAGAGCCAGACCAGCUGCCUCCUGUCUCCAGCUUUGUUCCAGGCACACGUGAUCCCUGUGCUGCUGAAGCUGUUUGAGGUGCAUGAGGAGCACGUCCGGAUGGUGCUGCUGUCUCACAUCCAUGCCUACGCGGAACUCUUCUCUCGGGACGAGCUGAAAAACAUCAUACUGCCACAGGUGCUGCUGGGCCUCCGCGACACCAGCGACUCCAUCGUUGCGAUCACACUGCACAGCUUGGCUGUCCUCGUCUCCCUGCUCGGACCUGAAGUUGUUGUAGGUGGAGAAAGAACCAAGAUUUUCAAAAGCUCUGCACCAAGUUUCAUGAAAACUGCUGAUCUCUCCCCAGAAGAUUCCCCUAGUCACAUUGUGAGCAAUCAGAGAAAUCAAACCUCUCGGCCCUUGAAGAACAGUUCCAGCUUGUUUCCCAUCUCUGGAAAUGCACCUGCCAAGAAGCUUUCUGUGCGACAAGACAAUCCACUGGCUUUAAAGACAGGUGAGCAAGGCACUCAGCCCCCCAUGAAUGGAGUUCCUGGGAGCAUUAAUGCACGGGGGAGCAGCAGGUGCUCUUUGACUACCUCUGAAAAGCCAGCAGAGGAGUGGCCAGACUGGAGUGAGCCAGAGGAGACAGACACUGAGAAAACUGUGAACAUUCAGAUUCAGCCCCGAGAGCUGCGGGGCAGUGUGGGACCUUACUUUGCUGGUCAUGAUGUAGAUGAGAAGCCUUGGGAUGACUUUGAGCCCAGGAGCCCCAGCCCCAAACUGUCCUCAGGAAACUGCCUCACUGUGACACAAGCUGAUGCAGUUGAAAGGCCAGGACCUUUGUCAGGUACCCAUCAACUGAGCAAAGAAUUCAAAAGCCUCAGACUGAAUCCUCCCACAAAGUCCUGCCCUGGGAACAGCUGGAGCAAUGACAAAUGGGAUCACCAGGAACAACUGGGAGAAACUGUGCUGCCAAAAACAACCUUUCAGGAAAGGUUGAAGUCUUCAUCAGAGUCUGGCCUGGGAGAAGAAUUCACGAUCAAAGUGAAGAGGAAACCUGUGCAGGACCCUGAGCUGGACUGGUUUGCUGACAUGAUCCCAGACAUUAAACCUUCUUCUGCUCUCUUGAUUUUACCUGAGCCCAGGACAGAAGCUGUUCCCACUCACUCUGGUGGUGUGUCCAGCAGAGAAGGUGCCUCCCAGAAUGUGCUGUUCUCAUCCAAAUUUGCAGCAGCUGAUGCGAUUGAGGCUGAAGCUGCAGGCUGGGGUGAGGAAGAGGAGUUGAACUGGGAAGAUGAUACGAACUGGUAAUGGGACUGAAAGAGACAAAGGCAAUUUCUGGUGUGUUGGAUCCUGUAAGAGGAGUCACUGCUUCCCCGUGCAAUGGAUAAGUACCUCAGCGCUGCUUUUGCCAGAAGGAAAGCACUUGCUGCACAGCCAGCAAGAUCCCAGGGGGCCUGAUCUCCUUCCCAACCUGUGCCAAAACCUGCAGGGGUGAGGCCUGCACUCAAGCAAUAUGCCCAGCUGUGGUGUGUGCCACUGCUCUGGAGAGAGGAACAGCGUGAGGGGUGUGAUGGUGCUGAUGUGCUGCUGGAGGCCACGAGUGCUGUAAGCAAUUGUUCCAGAACUCAUCCCUGCCCCGAGAAACUGAUGACAAUAAAUCAAAGUCACACU